AUAAUGAACAGAAUUAUCUUACAAACACAAAAUGAUUGCCUUAGGAAAAUGUGUCUUGCAUCUUGAGCCAAACCUAUGGAAGUUAACCAACUUUAAAAGUGUCUCCCACUGAGACACUGUAGUUUUACGCCAUAACUUAGACACUUUUUAGUCUAAGUGAUGCACUGCAGUACAUUUAUUUCCAUAUGCAUCUUAUGUACAGAUAAAGUACUCAUAAGUUUGAGUAGAGGGAGAGAGGGAGAAUACUUGAGGUCCCCAUAGAAGAGCUUGGAAGCAAUAUCUAUAACUGAGAAGAAGAAGAAGACCUGCACUCUCUGCUCACUGCCAGCAAUGGCCUUCUUGAUGAGGAAUUGUAGGGAGAUGGUAGUCUCCAUGGAGUCUCAAAAAUCAGUCCCUGCACCAUUUCUCACCAAGACCUAUCAGCUUGUUGAUGAUCCAUGCACUGAUCACAUAGUCUCAUGGGGAGAAGAUGGCACCUCAUUUGUAGUGUGGAGGCCUCCUGAGUUUGCCAAAGACCUCCUGCCCAAUUACUUCAAGCACAACAAUUUCUCAAGUUUUGUGAGACAACUCAACACCUAUGGUUUUAGGAAAACAGUGGCCGAGAGGUGGGAGUUCGCUAACGAGUUAUUUAGAAAAGGCAAAAAAGAUAUACUUUCCGAGAUCCACAGAAGGAAGACCCCUCAAAUCUCUCAACAAUACCAUCAUCAACACUACUACUCACCUCCAACAAUUCACUACCAGGAAGAAAUGAGCCGUUGGAUUGAACCAACAUCACCUCUACCAAAUAGUGAUGCGAACAAGUUCAUUUCUGCACUUACUGAGGACAAUGAGAGAUUGAGGAGAAAGAAUUCAUACUUAUUAUCAGAACUCACACACAUGAAACAGCUGUGCAACGACAUCAUCUACUUCAUCCAGAACCAUGUCAGCCCAGUUCCUGCAGAGGAAAGACAGGUCAACCCAAGACCUUGCAGAAUUGUAGAGAUCGGUCCUUCGGAUAAUUCAGCAGCACCUCUCUUAGAAGUACAAUGCUCCAAAAAUCAUGGGUCAGUGGAAAAAGUAUCGAAGGAGCCAGAUGGUGGCAUCAAACUCUUUGGAAUUCCAAUCAAGGGAAACAAUAUAUUGCAAUCAGAAAUAGGUGGCAAAAAAGACUCUGAGAAAGAGUUUUUUGAUAGUUAGUGUUGCAAGAAGUAGGGAGCCUUGCAGGAGUAAAUUUUAAGUGGUAAAUCUGUAAAUAGAAUUAUGAUUGAGUGGAGAGAAAAUCUUGAUGUUUCAGGAUGUUCAACUCAUAAUUUGCUAGUGAAGUUCAAGUGUAGUAGAACUUAGGUUCGCUAUGUUCAAGCAAUCCUCUUCUCUAAUGCUUUCAAGUCCCCAUUUUUUUGCUUCCACUUAAUAUAUUCGUAACUAGCACCCAAACGUUGUUAAUGCAACAAUAUUGGAUUUCAGUUCCACCUAUGAUACGUGAAACUGUAGAAAUAACAAGUGGUUGGGUUGUUAUGAAAAUUACCCAUGAAUAUGCACCCGAAUAGUAUCCAUAACACACUAGAUAGCAAUUUUAGUAGAACUAAAGAAGAAAUAUUGUGGGUAACAAAAGGAUGCAAAAAAAAAUAUUGUGGGUAACAAAAGGAUGCAAUAAGAGUACUGAAUAAUACCCGCAUAAUUCUCCCAAAAGGAGUGAAAAAGGGUUGGCGCCAUUAGCAGUAAUACCGUUAUGGCUAUGUUGAGUUGUGGAGGUUAGUUAACAUGGAGAAAAAGUAAUGAAAUGAUUUUGAAGAAAUUAUUACUUUUUCAAUCAUGAGUUGGGCUUCUAUAGAACCAU